UCCCGGCCGCGGUGGUGCCGGUGGUGGAGCGGCCGCAGGGGGCGGGUCGCAGCGGCAAGACAGGCGCCGCCUUCCCGCCUGCCCGCCCGCCUCUGCGGGGCCGGAGUCUGAGGACGAGAAGCGGCGACGCUGGUCCUCCUGGCGGGCGGGAGGAGCUGGAGAUGCCGGCCAGGACCUGGGCCCCGCCGAGCUCCUCUGGGGUGGACAGCCGCAUCGCGCAGCCGCCCGCUAGCCUGCCGAGGGGGCACCGGCCUGCACCCCGCGUCCAGCCAGCCCCUCGCCUCAGCCCUCGCCCCGUAAGUUCCCGCCCGAGCGGGUGGUCACAAAUUCAGUGACUGCCCGGCUCUCUGUUUUUCUUCUCCAAAAUCAUUGUAGGUUUGGUGUCUUCGAAGUAUGGAAUCAAUCUCUAUGAUGGGAAGUCCUAAGAACCUCAAUGAAACUUUUCUACCAAAUGUUGCCAAUGGCAUCAAGGAUGCCAGUAAGAUCACAAUAGGCAUCAUUGGAAGUGGAGACUUUGCUAAGUCAUUGACAAUUAGACUUAUCAGAUGCGGGUACCACGUGGUUGUAGGAAGCAGAAACCCUAAACUUGCUGCUGAGUUCUUUCCCCAUGUGGUUGAUGUCACUCACCAUGAAGAUGCAGUAACAAAAACAAACAUAAUUUUUGUAGCCAUACACAGAGAACAUUACGCCUCUUUGUGGGACCUCAAACAUUUACUCACUGGUAAAAUUCUGAUUGAUGUCAGCAAUAAUACAAGAGUAGACCAAUAUCCGGACUCCAAUGCAGAGUAUUUGGCAUCGCUUUUCCCAGAUUCCCUGAUUGUCAAAGGAUUCAAUGUUGUUUCAGCUUGGUCACUGCAGUUAGGACCAAAGGAUGCCAGCAGACAGGUCUAUAUAUGCAGUAACAAUGUUCAGGCUCGCCAUCAAGUUAUUGAGCUUGCCCGUCAGCUCAGUUUUAUUCCUAUUGAUUUGGGGGCAUUGUCAUCUUCAAGGGAGAUUGAAAACUUACCUCUGCGACUGUUCACACUGUGGAAAGGGCCUGUAGUGAUUGCCAUUAGCCUGGCAACAUUUUUCUUCAUUUAUUCCUUCAUCAGAGAUGUAAUCCAUCCAUAUGUGAGAAAUCAGCAGAGUGACUUUUACAAGAUCCCCAUUGAGAUCGUGAACAAGACUCUACCAAUUGUUGCUAUCACUUUACUUUCUCUAGUGUAUUUAUCAGGACUUAUUGCAGCUGCUUACCAGCUUUACUAUGGUACUAAGUAUAGGCGAUUUCCACCUUGGCUGGACAACUGGCUCCAGUGUCGAAAGCAGCUUGGACUGCUCAGUUUUUUCUUUGCAACAGUGCAUGUGGCAUAUAGCCUCUGCUUACCUAUGAGGAGAUCGGAGCGAUACUUGUUCCUCAAUAUGGCAUAUCAACAGGUUCACACCAACAUUGAAAAUUCUUGGAAUGAGGAAGAAGUGUGGCGAAUUGAAAUGUAUAUCUCCUUUGGAAUAAUGAGCCUUGGAUUGCUUUCUUUACUGGCAGUAACUUCCAUCCCUUCAGUAAACAAUGCCUUAAACUGGAGGGAGUUCAGUUUUAUUCAGUCUACACUUGGAUACGUUGCUCUGCUCAUAAGUACUUUCCAUGUACUGAUUUAUGGAUGGAAAAGAGCUUUUGAAGAAGAGUAUUACAGAUUUUAUACACCACCAAAUUUUGUUCUUGCCCUUGUUCUGCCUUCCAUUGUAAUUCUAGUGCUUGUUUUACUGAGUGUUGAUACUAUGCUGGCAGCUAGGGCCCCGAACUUCCACCUUUGUCCAGCUGUACCUUGUACUGUACAAAAGUGCAUGUCCACCCAUCACAGUAAACCCAGCGGAGGGCCUGGUGUUCCCGGACAGUUUGGCGCUGGCGGGCUCAGCCACGCUCCCAUCCUGGAGACACCGUUUCAGAAUACAACCGCGCAGACAUUAGAUAUGCGUCCCCUUAGAAGCAUCCCGUGUUCGCAGCUGAGAGAUGCCGUAGCAAACCUAGGGGUGAAAACUGUGAGCAAGUAGAAAAUACCCAAAUCCCCUCACGCUUCUGUCCCCACCUUCCAGGCAUGAGUCAUCUGUCUUUUUUAGGUCUAUGCAGA